AUGAACGUUUUCAUUUCUCUCUCUUGUCUUUCUCUUCUUUUUCCGUGUGGACAAUUAGCUAGUGGAACGGGGGCAAACAAGACAGUGUAUGGCACAAAUCCUAACCAUGUGGAGGAAACUACAACUGGCAACAAGAAGGUUGUUAGUAAUACAGCUACAGAAAAUGGAGGGGAGGGAUCAGAUGACCCCUUAUCAACAUCGGGGGUAAAUCGCAGAACAGCCAUAUUGUUUAAAAAGAAAACUGUUGGUUCACGGAGGGGUGGAUCACACGGUUCAGGCUUAAAACGAAUGGGUGCAAGGACAAGAAGGAGUACUGAUAAAAGUGACCAUAUGUCCAGUUUGACCUCUACCUCCUCUCCUGUUCCAGCAUUUCUAGACUCAGCUGCUGCCGUAACCAAUGUGUUUACCAUGACAGCAGCGUCUUUGGUUCCAGCAGUCAAAGAUAGGCCAGCUAAACGACGAAGCCGAUCUGCGAGUCAGACUACCGAGCCAGUGUCACCAAAGCAGAAACCGGCAGCUGCUCCUCUGACAUCAUUAGGGGCCUUCCCUUCAUCUCCACUGCCCCAGACAGACAGCUUUAAGAUAUACAGAUCAACCUCUCAAGAUCAAGGGAGCGAUACAGAUCAUCAGUCAGAGACAAGUAGUGACACAAGUGAUAGUUCAAGCAGCAGUGACAGUCAGUCAGAAAGUGAGAGCGACGUUGGGGAAGGAGGUGAGUCACAAGGUGGCACCACCGGUGACGAUGAUACCAGUACGCUAAGUGAGCCAAGAAAAGGUUUGGGUGGAUGUAGGAGAGGAAUUUCAUCCCAACAAAUUUAUAACUUGAGCAUUGAUGUAAAAACUGUGUUCAAACCUUCACAUAAGAUUAACACCUUACUACUUAACCAGAAAGAAUCAUUACCAAAGGAACAAAAGCAUGGCAUAUUUAGUAUCUCGUGUGAAUUUGGAAAGAAAUACACAGGACAAACAUCGCAUUCCUUAGAAAUGAGAUGCAAAGCACACAAAGGUCACAUUCGUAGAGGUGAAUUCCAGAUAUCCACUUUAACAUGUCAUCAAUUUGAAACAAGUCACAAAAUACUUUGCGAUGAAGUUCUUUUCCUACACCAACCUAAAACUAAAAUGGAAAGAGACUGGUUAGAAACUAUAGAAAUCAUCAAAGCAAACGAUCUCUUACUAAACCAUGAUAAUGGCCCUAGCAACAUCAGCCGUAUUCGGCAAAGUCUAUUUGCUGCUCGUACACUUGACCUAUAUCCUGUCACCUUCUGA